GAAGCAAUUGAAGGCUCGGAAAUGGUUAUUAAUGUGCAUGAACUACAAGAUUUGUCUUUGACACCAAAUAUGGAGGAGUUAAACAAAAACAACGUUGAAUUUGUUGCUGAAGUGAUUUCUUAUUGCAAAACUUCAAAGGUUACUGUGUUAGUCCAUUUAAGUACCACUUAUCUUCAAUGUUCAACAAAAUGGCCAAAUGUUUAUGGAAGAGAAUCUGAGGAUUUUAAACAAUUUCUGAACGAGUGUCCUUUUCCACAAUAUUGCAAAAGUAAACUUAUGGCUGAGGAAUUUUUGAGAAACAAUUUAGACAAUAAAUUUUCUGUUGUUAUUGCACGUGUUGGUCCAGUAUAUGGUGAAGGUGACCGGCGCUCAUUGGUCUGCGAUACUCUUUUGGUCAAUAAAUAUUUUGGAUAUGUUCCCCGAAUUGGAAAUCAUAAGGAUAUGGGUGUACUUCAGUUUACAUAUGCUGGGAAUGUUGCAUUUUCUUUACUUUCGUGUGGCCAAAAGUUAAUGAAUUCUGAAAACAAAAAUUCUUGUGAGACUGUUCUUAUUUGUGAUGAUACUCCUUUACAUGAUUUUUAUUCUUUAAUUCUGGAUGGGAUGUUGGAUUCAAAGGAGGUUGAUACUGGACACGAGGAAAUUACAAAGAGUACUUGGACAAUUCCUUUUUGGCUUAUCUUCUUUCCAUAUUUAUUUAUUUGUUGGGUGGUGCAGUUAAUUACAAAUAUUUCCAAUUUGCAUUUGAGCCUUAAUUAUUUGCCAUCUCCAAAUCUUAUUUAUCUUUUAUUACGCCAUUGGACUUUUUAUUCUGGUUAUAAACUUCGAGUAUUUUUUGACGUUAAACCUUUUUAUGAUUGGGAGACUUGUUUGAAACGUUCUCGACUUUAUUAUACAAAUUUGAAGACUGAGGAGAUUGAAGGGCCUUCUUGGCUUCCCUCGACAAUUAAAAUGACAAAUUAAUUUAUCGAAUUCUCUAUAUUUCUUCCAUUUCUGUGCCCUUCUCCCACUAAAAUGCGUUUUGGUCAA